GGGCCGCUGGAGGCCGGGCAGGGCCGUGCGGCGUUCCCUGCGUGCUCCUCAGGCAUGGUCCCCCUGAAGAAGCUGCACCAGGCGUUCCUCAGGCUGGCCCUGCUGCUGCCCGCGGAGGGCGGCGGCGCGCCCCGGCCCAGGGCCUCGGAGGUGCUGAGCCAGCACCUGCUGCAGCGGGGCCUGCCCCACUGGACCUCCUACUGCGUCAAGUACAGCUCGGUGCGCAACGACCAGUUCGGGCUCUCCCACUUCAACUGGGAGGUGCGGGGCGCCAACUACCACGUCCUGCGGACGGGCUGCUUCCCCUUCAUCAAGUACCACUGCUCCCGGGCGCCCCGCCAGGACCUGGCCCUGCAGGACCGCUGCUUUACGGCCCUCAAGCUCAUCAACCUGGGUAUUCCUACUUUAUUGUAUGGAAUUGGUUCCUGGUUCCUUGUCACCGUGACAGAGACUGUUCACACCCGCUAUGGCCCGGUUACUGUUUACUUCCUAAAUAAAGAAGAUGAAAAUGCCAUGUACUAAAUAUCUUUCAAGAACAGAUCCUGUUAUUACUUGCUGAAGCAGAACAUAUUUUGCCAGUUUUUUGCAACAGGCUCGAGGCUCAAUUGCUGUUUUCAGGGUAUUCAUAACGCUUGGAGAUUUCAGGAUAUGUCCCUGUUACUUCUUUCCUUCCAUUUUGAAACUUGUAAACACAUUAAGUAUGCUGUGCAGUGACAUAUGAGUGACCCUGGGAAAAUACCUGAAUCUGUUUAUGUAUGUAACUCAUUGCAGCUCCAAGUGCAAUAAUGAAAAUGUAUAUUAUUGGGAAUUAUUUCUGUUUAUCUGUUGAAUAUGUGUGUGUUUCUUCUCAUGCAACAGAUUAAUUUGCAGUGUAAUGCAAUCCAAAGGCAACUCUUUCCAUCAAGAUUAUUGGGGAGGCUUUGAUUUUUAAGAAUCUUUAUGCAAAAAGAGGUCUCAAACCCAUAUAUUUUGGGAAGGCGCUUUGAAAAUUUACAUAUCUGGCAUGUGUCUCUUCAUUAUAGUGUUUUGUAUGUUUGUACAAUUUGGAACAUUGCUAAAUUUAGUGGCUUAGGAGUGGAUUGCGCCCUGAUAGUUUGGGAACAAAGCAGCCCAUGUUAAGUACUGUUAAUCCUGAACAGAGUUAUACCCUUCUAAGUUCAUUGACUUCGGUGGGCUUAGAAGGGUGUAACUGUUUAGGAUCAGGUCAAAGAAUCCAAGUCAGGAUGUUGUAGGAGUGUGGCUACAUUAUACAGUGGCAGAAAAAAAAAGACAUACUUGACUCUCACUGAAAUCGGUGAGACUUCAGGGUGCUUAACUUUGGCUGAAUUGUGCCCAUAGUCAAGUUUGACAUACAUGGUUAGUGCAUUGAAACAGUGCAUACGGGGACGAGGUUGUCUCAGAUUUGUGACAGAGACUAUUAAUACUCAGUUUAUAAUAAGCAAAUUCUUACUGGACUGCCUAAACGUUUAGCUUACAGAUCUAAGAAUGUAUAUGGAGAAUUUUGCUUUAAAUUAUUAUUUUAGCAAUGGUCGUCCCGAAUAUUGGGGAUUUGUUUUUUAAAAGCUUAAGAUUAGAAGUGGGGAAAGUACACUGGAAUAGUGCAAGAGCAUGCCUCUUCAGAUACUUGUGAAGGGGUUCCCCCCAGUC